CCCCACAGGCUCAGAUGUAUCCAUUGUGGAUCUACCUGCUAUCCCUCCAACUGCUGGCAGGGAUCUGGCUGUCUGGUUCCAGUGUGUCCGACAGCUUUAAAGAUUGCAGCCAGUUCCUGUACAUGAGGACUGCACCAACUGGCAUCGACAUAUCUGGGGGAAGCCUCAAGAGGAUCUGCCAGCGCUACGGGAACAAGGUCCGCUACGCCACUCUGUAUGACAGCAGCCGCCGAAUGCCCCUCUACUCUGCCUAUACAUUUAAGAAAAAUGACGGAAAGAAGAGGAUGGAUACGCCCUGGAUGUACGAACCACAGCUGGCAUCUUUGGAUGAGGGUGGAAAUAUGAAGAUACUGCCCUCUAGUGGUGACCUGGAGCCUCUGAUCCAGGAGAGCCAGGCCGUGCUGGACGACUACUCCGAUGCUGUUGAGUACUCCCGAGGCCUGCUCAACCCAGACCAGCACCAGGCCGACCCAGAAGACAAGGCCUCCACCUACACCCUGACCAAUGUGGUGCCUCAGAUCACUAACUUCUUGGAUGAGACCUGGAGCACCUAUUUAGAUGUUGUGCGCCACCGGCUUAACAACUUCUGCCGUGGAAAGCAGUCCUACAUGAUAAAUGGGGUGACUGUCUCCGGGGCCACCAUACAGCGGGGAAAUGAGGCCCGACUAGGGAUCCCUAAACACCUGUGGUUGGCUUACUGUUGUCCACGGUUUGACCGUAACUCACCCUACGAGGUGCGUUUCAUGUUCCCCAGCUAUGGUGCCUAUGCACUGAAUGAACAGGAGGGUCAUGAGGUCACUGAGGUGCCUUUAAAGACACUGGAACGUUUUCUGAAAAAACAAAUGGACACAGAGAGUAAUUUGUCUAUCUUCUACAAGGACUGUGUGUCAGAAAACACAUUUAGAAAAAGGAGAAAGAGAUAGCCUUCUGUUCAUUUAUGUGUGUUUGUCAGUUUUUUUCUAAUACUGUACCUGUCGAUUGCUGUCCUGUACAAACAACCGAAUAGAAAAAGAAGAAAAAUCUCUUGUCUGUUUUAUGUCAUGUGACAAACCACAAAAUUGU